CUACUUGAACGGCGCGGGCGGCUCCAGGCGCGCCCGUCCCCGGCCCCGCCGCUCCGGGCCCGCCGUCGCCUCGGCCGUGCCCUCGCCGCUCCUGCCGCGGCCAUGCUGGCGGAGCAGGAGAACCAGGAGAACGUGCCCCCGCCGGCGGGCGGCAAAGCCGCGGCCGUGCCGCCCGCCGCCGGCACCCGCGUGGCGCUGGGGCUGCUGCGGGGAGCGCAGCAGCGCGCCGGGGUCCCGCUGCAGGCGGCGCGGGGCGGCUGCGAGGGCCAUGGAGCGGCGGCGGGGCUGCAGCAGCAGCAACACCAGCCCUUCUCCAUCCAUGUGGACGAGCCCGAUGGCGAGCGGGAGCCGCGGCGGCAGCGGGGAGUCCCGGCGGGGCAGAAGGAGGAGGCGGCGCUGGCGCUGCGUGCGGCCGUGUGUGCCCUGGGCGAGCGGCGGCCCCUGGCCCCGCUGGGCAACGCCAUGGAGCUGAGCGUCGAUUCUCCAAGUAUUAUGGAUAUUUCAAUAACCUCAGAACCAGAAGAGAACGCACCAAACGUUAAUAACGUGCCAGACUAUAUCGACGAAAUCCAUACAUACCUGAGGGAAAUGGAGGUGAAAUGCAAGCCCAAAAUAGGUUACAUGAAGAAGCAGCCUGAUAUCACAAACAACAUGCGGGCUAUUCUUGUGGACUGGCUGGUGGAAGUUGGAGAAGAAUACAAAUUACAGAACGAAACCCUGCACUUAGCUGUAAAUUACAUUGAUAGGUUUCUUUCUUCCAUGUCUGUUUUGAGAGGAAAACUUCAGCUUGUGGGUACUGCAGCUAUGCUGCUCGCAUCGAAGUUUGAAGAGAUCUACCCUCCUGAAGUGGCUGAGUUCGUCUACAUCACAGAUGACACCUACACCAAGAAGCAGGUCCUAAGGAUGGAGCACUUAAUUCUGAAGGUUUUGUCAUUUGACUUGGCGGCUCCAACGAUCAACCAGUUCCUCACCCAGUACUUCCUACACCAGCAGACAGAUGCUAAAGUGGAGAGCCUGUCAAUGUACCUGGGAGAGCUGAGUCUAAUUGAUGCUGAUCCUUACCUGAAAUACUUGCCAUCAGUUAUUGCUGCUGCAGCAUUUCAUCUGGCAGACUACACCCUCACUGGACAAACCUGGCCUGAAUCCCUGUGCAAAGUAACUGGUUACACCCUUGAAGACAUCAAGCCUUGCCUCAUAGACCUACACAACACCUACCUCAAAGCAGCCCAGCACACACAACAGUCCAUAAGGGAAAAGUACAAGAGUACCAAGUACCAUGGAGUAUCGCUCAUUGACCCACCAGACACACUAAACUUAUUGUAAUAAUCAAGAGACUGAUCUUUUUAAGAAAUGUAUAUUGCUAGGAAAUGAUGUACAGUUUUAAACAUGGUUCAAGAUUCUAGAUAUGAUCACUCAGAAUAUGAACACAACCUUUGACUUCAGUUAUGAAGUUUAGUUUCAUGUGGUUUUAAUGUAAAUCUUUUGUACAUGCAAUCUUGUUAAGAGUUUUAGCUGUGUUUUUAUAAAAAUGUUCUCUUCAGGCACAGAAUUAACCAUGCAGGCCACGUGAAAUCUGAGACUGCUUAUCUAAUUAGAGACUAAAUGUUAAUAUUAGCAGUGCAUUAUUUUAGUAGGACUUUUUCUCCUUCUGGGUAAGAAAGACUUGAUCUCCACAGAGUAUUGGUAGCAUUUUUAUACUGUCUAGUUUAAACUGAGACUUAGCAUAGAUCCAAAACAUGCCUAAUGGCUACAAAACUGGAAGAAACUCUAUGCCCACAAGGAGAAUUCCUUGCUGGAACCAACUCAUGAGGCUCUUUAGGACGUGCCCCAGUUGCUGUAUAAUGUAGUGCCAGAUCUUCAUCAGGGGAGAGGCUGAAUGCUCUGCUGCAGGGGCUGCACAGUUAAAACUCCUGCACCAGUUCAUACCUCACACUUCUGCUACGCAGAAAAUGAUCUUGCUCUCAGUAUUUGCUAGUCCAAGUGUAAAACUGAUAUUCUAAACCCAUGGAGUUCCCACUGAUAUGUUGGCUGUCCUAAAAGCCCAUUGAGGCCUACUGAGAAAAUUAGUCCUCAGUCUGCUUGCCUUGUACCUCUUCAGGGGUGGUGGAGGCAUUAAACUGCAGUGAGUGAACUGCUGCUCUGUGCCCUCGAGGACAGGCAAUGUCUUCUGGCAAGAGUUGUGUACGCCCCUCAGGCUUGGGAGGAGCUCCUUUGUGGCACACAGCAAAAAUGUGCUGUAUUUUACCUCACUUCAGGAGCUGUUACAUGAGCAAACUGGCAUUCAAUCAGCAUUAGAUCAAGUGGAUGUUUACCUUCAGCCUGUGUAAAUGGAGUGGUGCUGCCCUGUCCCUGCUGUUGUUUGCAUGUAAAGCAGCAAGUGCUCGGAAAUGGGCUGAAUUGAGCCAUUUCCAGGUUGGCUAAUAAACAGUUUUUGUAUCUGAUGUUAGUGGUCUUGCCAAUAGCUUAAAAUCACUGAGGGGUAGUCAUCUUAAACUGGCAUUCAUUUCUAAAUCCUCUUGGCAAGGGCUGCCCUGUGAAACCUGUGCCUCUUUGACUUGAAGUUGAGUUAGCACUGUCUCUCUGGUUAUCUGGGCACCCAGCAGCAUAAACUCCUCCUCUCACACAUGUCCAACAGCUGUAAGGGUGUGGCAUAUUUGAAAUAUAUAUAUAUUUUUUUUUUACAUCAUCCUAUCUCUGUCAGGCUGAGCAGCAAGUAUUAAUGAGGAAGAACUCUGUCUCUCACCUCAGCAACUACCAAGUUAGUACUCUGCCCCCACCCUUGUGCUCCUGCCUGAGCCUUCCCUGAACCACCUCAAUUACAAAACCAAUGGAGUCGAGUGUUGGUCAAAAAAGUAGAAAUAGGCAGUGGGAGUGGCCUUUUUGGCCAGUGUGAGCUUCUUAAGAUGCACUUGGACUCUUAUGCAUGUUAAUGGUUAAUGAAGAACCGUAUUUCAUUAGCCAACAUCCUUUCUUUAAAUUAAUUUCAGUGGGCUGCUAUUGAAAUGCUAGAACGACUUGGGGACAGCCUGUGCAGUGUAUCAUGUCUGGUGCUUGGGGCUGGAAACACUUUAACCUUGCAGGAGAGGAGUUUAUAUAGGCAGGAAUGUGUUUUUCACUGUUUGACCUUGGAAGGGUAACUGGCAAGGCUGACUGCAAGCAAUUGCUUGAAGGUAACAGGCCACAGUGCUCUUCCUGGGAAACUGUUCUGCCUUCCCCUUCCUUUCUGUGGUGUAUUCUAAGACCACUGAGAAAUAUGAACACUGGAGGGGUAAUUUAAAGGAAGCUCAUUAGUUAUUUUCUCCAGAAAAAGAGCAAGUAGCAUUACCUAAGUGAAAAGACUUCAGUUGGUUGUAGUAUUAUUUUAGUGCUUAAUCAAAGAGCUGUGCUUGAGUUUCAAUGGAACUUGUUCCGUUGCUGUUCCCAUAGCACAGAGAAAAAUUCUUCCAUGUUCCCUGAGCUUUAUCUUCACCAUUAUCAACAUGACUUCCACUGCAGCCUAAGAAAAAAUCUCUGGUCAGGGGCUGGCAUUUCUGCCCAGCAUGACAAAUGUUACUCCUUCCUCAGGGCAGCUCUUGCUUUUGCUGUUAAGUGCUAUCUUUUUUCACCUUCUCAUUUUCUGAAGUUAAUAUGGGAUAAUUCCUAAUUUGCUUUCAAGCUUUGAAAAAAAUAUCCCAGGUUGUAUUGUACUACUGUUAAGCCUAUCCAGGUUAACUUCUAAUCCUUUCCAGCUGAAGGCUCUAAGGAAUAUAGGGAUGUUAUGUGUGGAGAAGAGAGAAACAGCAGUGCAAAAAAUACUGUUCUUCUUUCUGAAGAAGUUUACAGUCUUGUGGUACUGCAGAACUAAGAAGGAGCUGCAUCUUCACCCAUUUUUGUAUUCAGGACAGUAACUUUGGCUUGGAAGAACUGACACUAAGAAAAUGCACUGGUUUAGCUCCUGGAGAAAAGAAGUUUUGUGUGUUGGUCCCUUCCUGAAAGAGCACAACUUGAUUCAAGCUUUGCCUGGCUGGGAGGAAUUUUAUAUAUAUAUGGCUUUUGGUUUUUUACAUAAGUUCUGAACCUGAUUUGGGGAACAUAAGAUCUGCAACAGCAACUUCUCUUGUUCACAGCCCAUGUAACACUGAGGUCACCUGUAAAAUAGCUCUGUAAAUAUGUGUGUGUUUCCAGUGUCACUUGUUUGCAAACAAAGCGCCCAGAUCAGGUAUUUUGGAAUCCUCGUCUCUUUGUUUUGCCUGAUCCAAAAUUCAGAGCAUAACUCUUUGCCUAUAGUUCAAGAAGCAUUCCUGUCUGUUGCAUGUAAUAUUUAAUUAAACUUUUUAAAAAACUCCA